GGUCACGUGACCAUAUGUUGACACACACGGACAGGAACUGUCUGGCCCGAUAGGUGACGUGGAGUAUGGGCUCGAUACGGCUGACUUAUUAAAACAGGCUCACAGGAGGACUGAAAGCUGUCUUUACUGUGAUCUCCUACCAUGGCUAGUCCUGAUGAUUUGAAGUUUCAAGAGUUUGAGGAGGCCACAGACUUACUGGCUGCUGACCCCGGCGCCUCCACUCUCAGCAUCUCCAGCUCCAGCGCUGCUGUGUCUUCAGGGGACGUCAGACUGGACCUGUCGGACGAUGAGGACAAUCAGCAGGAGAGCUCAGAAUUACUUGGAGGUGAAAAACAAACUAGUGGCUUUUGGACGUUUGAAUAUUAUCAGUCUUUCUUCAAUGUGGACACAGUGCAGGUGCUGGAUAGGAUCAAAGGUUCAGUUAUGCCUUUGCCAGGCCGGAAUUUCGUCAGACAUCACAUUCGAAAUAACCCAGAUCUGUAUGGGCCGUUCUGGAUAUGUGCUACUCUGGUGUUUUCUGUGGCCAUCAGUGGGAACCUCUCCACAUUUCUGAGUAAUAAGGGUGACCCUCAGUAUCACUACAGGCCACAGUUCCACAAAGUGACUAUUGCAGCAGUUGCUGUGUUCCUCUAUGCAUGGCUGGUCCCGCUGGGCGUGUGGGGCUUCAUGACGUGGCGACAGAAUGCUGAGAGACAGACCAGUGCCUAUUCAUUUUUAGAGACUGUGUGUGUCUACGGAUACUCUCUCUUCAUUUAUAUUCCUACCUCGAUAUUAUGGAGCAUUCCCUUUGGGUGGCUUCAGUGGCUCUUGAUUCUCAUCGCCAUGGUGAUUUCGGGCUCAGUGUUGGUCAUCACCUUCUGGCCAGUUGUCCGCGACGACACCAAGACGACGGCUUUCGCCACCAUGGCAACCAUAGUUGUGCUCCAUGCACUGCUGGCCAUCGGCUGCAAGAUGUAUUUCUUCCAAACGGAAGAACUAACGGUGUCACCAUCAUCUCCAACAACUCCUGCUACGCUAAACCAUACAGCGUUGAUAACCAAACCUCAGUGACCGGCAGCGAAAGAAGAAUGGAGGAGAAGUGAAUGAAGAUGUACAGAUGACAUAUUGCCUGUAUAGUCAGUUUGCACCUUUUGAUUAGUGAACUACUGGUUUAGCAGCUCCUCAACACGUAUGAAGCUGGAUUAGUGUCAGAUGGUGAGCAAAGUAUGACAUAACAUCGCCGUCGAAGCAAACCUCGCAUCUCUAAACAUUUAAUUUCGGUUAUUGGAGCAAUUUUAUUCCAUGUCAUUGUGGACUAUUUCUGUUGGCCCAUCAUGAAAUGUUCCCACAGUGUAAAGCUUUUCAGGUGGUGUAAAAACAGAACGUUUUGGUCUGACAGCGAUGAAGCAGACGGUACUGCGCAAAACUCUGAGACAUCGUGUUUCGUUUCCAGUCCAAAUGGCCUUUAAGUACAAGUUAUUCAUUUUUCAGUGUUAGGAACAAGAAACAAGAUUGAACCAAAUUAUGCAGAAGCCUCAACAACUUGCUGCAAUGUCAAAGCUCUCGGUAUUUAGUGUGUCCACUCUAGACCUUUAUUACUGUUUCAGUUCUUUUCAGGAGACACACUGCAGUCACACCUCCAGAGUUCAAUCUUAGGCUGCGUUCACAUUGCCAGGUUGAAGUGGCACAAAUAUGAUUUAUUUGCUCAAAUGUGAUCUGAUCUUCUCAAAUCUUCCAACCUGAGCCACUUUCAUGUGGUUCUAGAUCGGAUAGUUAUCCGAUUUGUUGCCAUGCGACCUUAAUGUGACACUCCGGUCAGAAUGCAUGUGCUUUAUUUUCAUAAAUAUCAUUCAGCGUUACCAUGGCAGCAGCGCCGAACAGCAGGUAAAGCCUGCAAACGGUAGAAAAGCAGCUCAUCUCACCUUCUUCUCCUUCGUCUGGCUUUAAUAAUGAAGCUGAGAGCCGUUCAGAGUUAAUGAUCUUCUCAGCGAAGCUCGUUCUGCUCGUUAGUUUGUGCUGAUGAUGCAGCGAUUCGUUCACGUGACGGGUUGUUUCAGGAUGCCGGUUCAUUCACAUUAAUGACCGAUUAGAGUCAUAAACGAGUGUGAACUAUCCUGUCAGAGACUGGACUUGAGCAAUGAGGCUUGUGGUGUGAACGUAGCUUUAGAAGUUGGUUUAGCAUUUUCUUCUGCCCCCGAUCCAUGUAGUCCUAAAGACACUGGUGUUGAAGUCUGGACUACGGGGUGGUCAGUCCGUAGUUCAGCUUCUUUGUUUGAUGUGUCUGUUUCCUUCCAUCAGUGAGGUUCUUCUUGAACAGCUACAUAUCCUUUCAGACCCAGAGUGGUCUUCUCACAGUAGAAGGAUGGACAGAAACACCUGCGGGUGUUUUCAGACCUGAAGCGGCUUGAUUUUCUCCUCUCUCUCAAAAAUGAAAUAACUGUUUGUCUUAUAGGGACAGGUUUGGUGGUUGACCAGAUCUUACACGGUUGAUAGAAUUCCUAUAAUUCUUUGAAAACUGUUCACUUUUCACUCAUUUUCCUUUGACCUCCUCCUUCCUUAUCUAUCAUCUCCUCGUAAAUAUCUUCUGAAAAAUAAACAACUUUGGACUGGAAAUGAAAUAAGGGUGGUCUCUGACAUUUGCACUGUUCUGCGAGUUGGUUUAUGAAGAUUGUGGAUCGGAGCUCUUGUGGUCUUCAGAAGACCCGAGAGGUUUCUGGUCUUUGUUUGCUGCUUUGAAAAACAAUGAAAUUGAGGGUUGUUUCUGUCUGAACGAUUGCUUUGAUAUUUCUGUUGCAAGAAGGUAACAUUUGUGAAAGAAACCUGAUGAGUGAUCAAAUGUGAAAUGCUUUGUGGGAUUCGAUUCGUUUAGCAACUUCUGGAGCACUCCUUCAGCCUACCCUGGAACGGGGGUCUUACAUUUCUAUGUAUUUUUGCCUCUUCGUUUUAAGGCUGCUUCCUCUUAUGCUUCUGAAGCGCCUGGCUCAUUAUUUAUUUUCAUUUUUCCUUUUGUGAUCACUUUUCGUGUCCAUGUUGAACAAAGUCAUUCCAGUCCGGAUUGUGUGUGAUUGUAAAGUGAUUGGAAUUCUGUUUAAAGGGCUUGCAGGGAAUUCCCAACAGUGGGAAUACAAGUGAGUAUUGAAGGGGGGAGGGGGGGGGUGUGUAAAAAGACUUUCUACUGUACCAUCUAACGUACACCAGCCCUCCUUGUGGGGGCGCAGAAAGAUAAUAAAUCAUUUGUUUCUUCUUUUUACGACUCAUAACUUGAUCAAAAAACGGCCUGACCGAAGAAGUCGGAGAGCACCUUCCAUUUAUUUAAUGUCCAGUCGAUUUAAAAGUAAAAACAUUUUUAAUGGAAAAUUAAA